AUGAUGAUACUUCUCAACGCUCUUGGCGUUUUGACUACCCUACUAGUGUCAUCUAUCGCCCAGUCUUCAGAUCUCCCUACCAUCUCAGCUGUCGGCUCCAAGUUCUUCUUCGAGAAUGGCACGCAGUACUACGUCAAAGGAAUCGCCUACCAACUAACACAAGAUGACCCCCUCAUUAGCGAAGACCAAUGCAAACUCGACGCCAAGGAGAUGGCAGAUUUGGGUGCCAACACCAUCCGCGUCUACCACGUCGACCCAACCGCCAAUCACGAUGCCUGCAUGUCCGCCUUCGCGGCCGUAGGAAUCUACCUCUUCGUCGACCUGGACACCUUCGACACCCAAAUCGACCAAGACACACCCUACUGGAAUCAAACUCAACUCUCCGCCUUCACCGCCGUCUUCGACGCCUUCCACUCUUACUCAAACCUCGCCGGCGUCAUCGUUGCCAAUGAAGCCCUCACCCGCCUCAAUGGCAGCUUAGCCGCACCGUUCGUAAAAUCCGCCAUCAGAGACGUCAAAGCCUAUCGCACCCAAAAAGGCUAUCGCGACAUCCCCGUCGGCUACUCGGGCGCCGACAUCCCCGAGCUGCGGCCCAUGCUACAGAAUUACCUUGCGUGCACCACGGGCGAUGUGGCCGACAGCGCCGAUUUCUUCUCUUUGAAUGUGUAUGAAUGGUGUGGCCAGUCCUCCUUCAAAACGUCCGGCUACGUCGAUCUCGUGAAGAACGCGACGGGUCUGCAGAUCCCGAUUUUUAUUUCCGAGACCGGGUGUCAUGUCCCCCAGCCCCGGCUCUUCGAUGACCAGGACUCGAUCUUCGGGACUGAUAUGGAUGGCAGUUGGUCAGGGGCGAUCGUGUAUGAGUGGAUUCAGGAGGCGAAUGAUUAUGGGCUUAUCACCUAUGGGCCCAAGGUCGAUCCGGAGGAGCAUCCUGAGGCGUUGGAUGGGUAUCCCCGAAGCGGGACGCCGACGCCGAAGAGUCCGGAUUAUUCGAAUCUGAAGAAACAUUGGGCCACGUUGCAUCCAACUGGGGUCAAAUUGGGGGAUUAUGAGGGAAGCGCCAAGGGGUUGAAGCCGAUUGCGUGUCCGGUUACUACGAUGGGAGGGUGGGAGGUUAAUCCCUCUGCGGUCUUGCCGAGUUUGGGGCAGACUAUUGAUAAAGCUGCUACGAGCACGGGUGGCGUUGUGCAGGGGAGUGCGAGCGCGAGUGCGACGAAGAAGGGUGGGGUGGGGAGGUUGAGUGUGGAGGUGGGCAUGGGGUGGUAUGUGGUUUUGGGGUUGCUGGGAGUGAUAUUUGGGAUGUUCUGA